UCUCUCAUCCUCGCCGGGUUGGGCUGCCCUCGGUGCCCUCCGCGUCGACCCCCGCAGCACCUGCCUUGCAGCCUUCGAGGCCUACUACCACCGCCUUUUGAUGGGAAGUCCAAUUUCAUAGCUGUGCGAGGCUGCAUCUUUAGUCGAGGGAGGGGGAGGCAAACGUUGGUCCGUGCGUGUGACAAGACACUGGGCAGAUCGGAUGACCCCGGACCGCUGGUUCCCUCCUCCCCUCCCGGCACCGGGCGCGCCGGGCCGGUCCCGAAAUGCAGCUCCGAAACGGAUCGGUCCACCUCGCGUCCCGUCGAGGCGUUUCGGUUUUGGUAUAAAACGGAGACGACCAGUUGGGCGGCACACUCCUCGUCCAUCACCGGCAGCCACUACACCGCUACCACCACCGCCAUGAACACCAAGGUGCUGUCCGUCUGCCUGGCGGUGCUGGCGGCGCUGUCGUGCGCGUCGGCCCAGCAGCGCUACCCGCAGAUCCUGCGCCUGAGCAGCGACGUGAGCCCCGACGGCCAGUUCCAGUACGCCUACCAGACCGAGGACGGCAUCAGCUCCGAGGCCCGCGGCACUCCGGUGCGCUCCAGCUCCAGGGACGCGGACGGCGCGGACGGCCCCGCCACCGCCGUCACCGGCCAGUACUCGUACACGGGCCCCGACGGCCAGGUCUACACCGUGUCCUACGUGGCCGACGAGAACGGCUACCGCGCGUCCGGCGCCCACCUGCCGCAGCCGCCGCCCGUCCCCGAGGCCAUCCAGCAGUCCCUGCAGCUCAUCGCGCGCAGCUCGGCCAGCUCGGCCACCUCGAGCAGCGACAGCUUCCAGCCCCUCCAGCAGCGCGCCGCCCCCGCCGCCCCCGCCUUCCAAGGCUUCCAGGCCUUCCAGCGGCCGCAGCCCCAGGCCUUCCAGCCGUUCCAGGGCUUCCGCCGCUUCUGAUUCGUCCGCCUCCCGACUGUGAUAUCGCGCGCUGCACCAAUAAACCAUCCUCAACCACCA